GAGAGGAGGGAGAAAAGGCAAAGCACUCUCCCAACCGAGAACAAUUUGAAAACCCACCCCGUACUAUUUAAAAGCUGGGACAAAGAAGCGUCAAGACGGAGCUGCUUCAGCUGCGAGACGUCGGCGGAGCCUCCGGAGGGGUCCGCCGCCCGAGCCAGGAGCAGCCCCUUUAAAAAAGCGGAGUACAGUAUUGGGAUUCUUGAAACCUGAAACCUAGAAACAGAAUCGAAGCGGAAACCAGAAGGAAAACCUUGAACUCCUCCAGACAAUUGCUUCCGGGGAGUUCCAGGAGCGCGAGGGGGAAUAAAGGGCCCGCGAGCAGGGCCCCUCGGAUGGCGCGUCCCUGAGGGUCGUGGCGAGUUCGAGGCGCGCGGGAAGCAGAGGACCCUACCCUCUCCCUGGGCUGCAGGUCAUGGCCACCGUGGAGCAGAAAGCCCUCGGCAUUGGCUUCAAGUGUCUCUCCUUGGCCACUUUUGUGCUCAUCUGCGCCGGGCAAGGGGGACGCAGGGAGGAAGGGGGUCCAGCCUGCUACGGGGGAUUUGACCUGUACUUCAUUUUGGACAAAUCAGGAAGUGUGCUGCACCACUGGAAUGAAAUCUAUUAUUUUGUGGAACAGUUGGCUCAUAAAUUCAUCAGCCCACAGCUCAGAAUGUCCUUUAUUGUCUUCUCUACUCGAGGCACUACCCUAAUGAAGCUAACAGAAGACAGAGAGCAGAUCCGUCAGGGCCUAGAAGAACUCCAGAAGGUCCUGCCAGGAGGAGACACUUACAUGCAUGAAGGAUUUGAAAGGGCCAGCGAGCAGAUUUAUUAUGAAAACAGUCAAGGAUACAGGACGGCCAGCGUCAUCAUUGCUUUGACCGAUGGGGAACUCCAUGAAGAUCUCUUUUUCUAUUCAGAGAGGGAGGCUAACAGAUCUCGAGAUCUUGGUGCCAUUGUUUACUGUGUCGGUGUGAAGGAUUUCAAUGAAACACAGCUGGCCCGGAUUGCAGACAGCAAGGACCAUGUGUUUCCUGUGAAUGACGGUUUUCAGGCUCUGCAAGGCAUCAUCCACUCAAUUCUGAAGAAGUCCUGCAUCGAAAUUUUAGCAGCUGAACCAUCCACCAUAUGUGCAGGAGAAUCAUUUCAAGUCGUCGUAAGAGGGAAUGGCUUCCGACACGCCCGAAACGUGGACAGGGUCCUCUGCAGCUUCAAGAUCAACGAGUCAGUGACACUCAAUGAGAAGCCCUUCACUGUGGAAGACACUUACUUGCUGUGUCCAGCGCCUAUCUUAAAAGAAGUUGGCAUGAAAGCCGCGCUUCAGGUCAGCAUGAACGAUGGCCUCUCUUUCAUCUCCAGUUCUGUCAUCAUCACCACCACACGCUGUUCGGACGGCUCCAUCCUGGCCAUCGCCCUGCUGAUCCUGUUCCUGCUCCUGGCCCUGGCUCUCCUCUGGUGGUUCUGGCCUCUCUGUUGCACCGUGAUCAUCAAGGAGGUCCCUCCACCCCCUGCGGAAGAGAGUGAGGAAGAAGAUGAUGACGGUCUGCCCAAGAAAAAGUGGCCUACCGUAGAUGCCUCUUACUAUGGCGGGCGAGGUGUUGGAGGCAUUAAAAGGAUGGAGGUUCGUUGGGGAGAAAAAGGUUCCACAGAAGAAGGUGCUAAGUUGGAAAAGGCAAAGAAUGCCAGAGUGAAGAUGCCAGAGCAGGAAUACGAAUUCCCUGAGCCUCGAAAUCUCAACAACAACAUGCGGCGGCCCUCUUCCCCUCGGAAGUGGUACUCCCCGAUCAAGGGAAAACUGGAUGCCUUGUGGGUCCUACUAAGGAAAGGAUAUGAUCGUGUGUCUGUGAUGCGUCCACAGCCGGGAGACACGGGGCGCUGUAUCAACUUCACCAGAGUCAAGAACAAUCAGCCCACCAAGUACCCUCUCAACAACGCCUACCACACCACCUCACCGCCUCCUGCCCCCAUUUAUACCCCCCCACCCCCUGCUCCCCAUUGCCCUCCCCCACCCCCCAGUGCUCCCACCCCUCCAAUUCCAUCCCCACCUUCCACCCUUCCCCCUCCUCCUCAGGCUCCACCUCCCAACAGGGCGCCACCCCCCUCCCGACCUCCCCCUAGGCCUUCUGUCUAGAGCCCAAAGUUCAUGCUCUGGGCUCUUAGAAACUUUGGGGAGGAGGCUCCUCUGUGGUGUUAGAAUAAGUCUUUCCAGUUAGGGGAGGCUUCUGCUUUGGAAAUGAGUGGUGAUAAAGCCCACUGACCUUCACACACCUUAAAAAUUGGUAUGUAAUGCCAAUACAUCGACAAUUGUGAUCAGCAGAAGAAACAGAAAAUUUGAAAUGCCUGAAAACAAAUGAUGAGGCACCUACAGUCACAAUUAUAGCCAGCCAGCCAUCAUCUCUAGAAGGUUCCAGAGACAGCGAAACUGCUGAGAUGCUCUUAAAUGGGAUUGUGUCUCUUGGAGACCAAUAAGAAAAUCAUUUCUCUGAGGGUGAAACAUAGUCGGAUGGAUGAGAAGUAACACUGCUGGGUUUCUAAAUGCUGCCUUCCCUCCUCCAACUCCAUCACUUGACCCAGGACCCUUGGUCUAGGAACCAAGGAAUCUUCACCCAAGAAGGUGAAAACACUCUGCCUACAACUUUAGGAAAAGCUUGGGGUCCCCAUUGUGGCAAGAAACUCAACAUCAGACAGGUCUCCAAAAGCAUGUUUGCCUGGGAUUUGCAAAGGAGUAAAAACAUACGCCUUAUUUUCCUUUCCAAUUCUCCCAGUUUUCAAGCGAGAAAGAGAGCAGGUGUUUACAGAUGGAAAAAGUUAUGUUGCCACGUUGCUGUGUAAGUGAAAUCAGGUGUGUGCAUUGACUGGCGAGUACUGAUGAGAGCAUCAGACAGUUUCUAAAACCCACAGGCCACGAGCAGCUAGCGGUGGCUGGCUUUGGCCCGAUAUGGUCCACUAAUCAACAGACAAUGGCAUUGUUGAAGAGCAACCUGUUAAUGAUUCAUGUUAAAAAUCAAGAUUAGGCUUCAGUUUAAAUCAGUUAAGAUAUGAAAAAAAUGACUAAUCCCAUUUUUCAGAGACAAAUGUGAGUUGAUCUUCCCAAAAUGGCAUCACUAGCACCUACCAUACAAUCUCGUGGUUCGU